GGAGGUCAUUCUCAUCGAAUCAGUCUUGACUUUCGGUUGGAUCGGUAAGCUCCUCCAAGAAGAUGAAGAUGCUGAUGUUUUUCGCCGCACUUUGCGGAGUGGCCGUGGCCGUACCUUUCGACUCGGCAGCCUACAUGGGAGAAUCUGCGCCUAUGGGACUGGUCGAUGAGCUGACUACUUUGGGGUUCACCAAGCUGGUUGAAUUAAUUGAGAUUGCUGGACUUAAGGAAACACUCAACAAUGGAGGUCCUUUCACCAUCUUCGCACCGAGCAACGAGGCCAUCGCUAUGCUAGGACCCGUCAAUCUGAAGAACAUGACUGUGCUCGUCAACCUCCUCAAGGCUCACGUCAUUGAAGGCAAAGUGAUGUCGACUAUGAUCAAAGAUAACUUGGUGGCUCCAACCCUCGUGAAGGGCGUCCCUAUGCGUAUCAACGUGGUCACGUGGUGGCAGGCCACCACUAUCGGUGCUAAUGGAGCCGAGAUAACCUUAUUCGACAAGAUGGCCAAGAAUGGCGUCAUCCACGGAAUUGAAAAGGUCAUCUACCCAAUCCCUUAUGGGAACAUGAUUGAGGCUAUGGAGAUGAUUCCUGGUCUGAGUUUCACGCUUGAAUUAAUCAAGAUGGCUGGGUUGGAAUCAACGCUCGCAGGAGAGGGCCCUUUCACCAUCUUCGCUCCUGAUAACACUGCUUGGUUGAAGGUGCCAGAGAAGAACAUCACAGCUUUGAAAGCAAAUAAGACCUUGCUUGCGGAGAUCCUGACAUAUCACGUCGCUCCUGGUGCUUUCUACUCCACCGUCAUCAGACCUGGUACUCUCAUUACCACUGUCCAGGGCCAGAAAGUCCUCUUCAAUCCUAAGAUGUGCAAGAAAGAAGGCAUACUCUACUUGUUCAUGAACGAGGCUGAAGUGACCCUUGCCGAUCAGUCUGUGACCAAUGGCGUUAUCUGGGUGAUGGAUGAUGUCUUCGCAAAGCCGACGGUAUUCUAACGCGACUGUCUUCACUAAAUCCAAUCUUUCAUGGCAUAUAACUAGUAAUUCGAAUCCAUGAAAUUAAUCACAAUAAUACUCAAUGUAAUAAUAAGAAACAAACUUGUGAUAUAAUCAUUUUCACAAGGAAAUCAUGUAAAAAUGAACUGCUAAAACUUAAGUUUAUUUGUAUUUUUCUUCAAAUAUAAACGUGAACAAAUAACAACACGUUUGUGGCGGCAAAGCAGAAUUUGCUUUUGAAACUGGUAGCCUUCUGAUUUCUAUAUUUGAGCUUUACAUGUUUUAUAUUGGUAAAUAUUGAACUGCCCUAAAUCAUGGUAUUCAAAAACAUGUACGUUUGUGUGUAGAAAUAAAGACUGAUACUGGAGUGAACCUUU